UUGUGUCGGUCGUUUGUGUUAUUCGUUACCUAUUUUUCUUGUAAAUAUUUAUCAAUGUUUCGUUUAAUGUACUUUAAUCACAAAAUAAUAACGUCGUGAAAAUACAAUAGUACAAAUAGUUUCGAGUGUUACAAAUCGAGCGGCCGUCUUUUAACUUUUCCUCCGUCGAGUCUCAUAAUUCAUAGGUGCCGCUCGCCGGGGUGGCUAAAACCCGUAUAAAUGUUUUUUAUGGUGCAUCAGAGCAUAUUAUGUGUUAUGUGUUAUUAAUAAUAAUGUUCUAAUCGUGGUCGCCGUAUCACUGAAGACUGGAUUAUAGUGUUAUUUCCGAGGGGACGCCGAUGGAUAUAUAGUAGCCGCUCGCUGCGGGGGAGCCUCCAACAUGAUGGUGGAGACGAUGCUGGAGUCCUCUCAGGACUUUGGCAUGUCGAACGGUUCGCUGCCACAAUGGAAGCGGGAGCUGCUGCAGCGGCGCGCGGCGCGCUCCCGGCCGGCCGCCGCGCCCGCACCCGCGCCCCCCGCGCCGCCUCCGCCGCCGCCGCCCGCUGACGACGACGAGGAGCUGCGCUACGGGCCCGGCAUCGUCAAGCGCCUCAAGUCGCGCUACCUCAGCCUCGCGCUGCGGGAGGCGCCGCGCCGCCGCCCCUCCGUGCUGCGCCGCGCCACCUCGCUCGAGCAUCUCCUGGACGAGCGUCCGCCGCCUGCGCCGCGCCCCCGCCCCGCGCGUCCCGUCUCCCUCGCCGCGCCCUCGCACGCGCUCGUCCGCGCCUCUCCGCGCCGCGACUCCGUCAAGCGCGCACGCUCCGUCGACGCCCUCAGCCGCCUCGACGUCCGCGACGACCCACCCCAGCUCCCCGCGCCCCCCGCGCCUCGGGAGAGCCAGCCGCCGCCGCCGCCGCCCUCACCCCCGCCGCCGCUGCCGCGAUCCGCGCGCCCGCCGCGCCGCCCCGGGCCCCUGCUGCGCGAGACGGAGCGGCCGCCGCCGGACGUCGUCCGCUCGACCCUCCGCAAGUUUGAGGCGGCGCCCGCCCGCCGGCCUGCGCCGGCCGCCCGCGUGUCGGCGGUGCUGCGCGGGCUGGAGGGGCCGGCCCGCACCAGCACGCCGGAGCCGCGCGGCCGCUCGCCCAGCCCGGCUGCCGCCGACAUCUCCGCAAUCGACGAGCCCGAGGGCGCCGCUCUCGCCGGCGAGGCCAGGCGGGUACCGCGCGCGGCGCUCGACAGCAUCGCCCGCGCCGGCUCCACCGUGCGCUACGCGUUCGAGGCGCCCCGGGCCGGCUCGCACCUGCCGCCGCUGGCCGCCACCAACGCCGUGCUGCUGAGCCGCUGCCGCGCGUCGGCCUCGCCGCGCCGCAUCGGCGUCAUCCGGCCGAUGCCCACGCCGGAGAAGCCCGCGCCCUCGCCGCCGCCCGUCGAGGCCGGCGAUGAGAAGGUGGAGGAGCUGCCCCGCAUCGCGUCGCCCGGUGUCUUCGACGGCGAGUCCCCGCCGCGCGCCGAGCGCAAGGACCCCCCGCCCUCGGCGCUGGUGGAGCCGAUCCCGCGGACCCCGCCCGCCGAGCGCGCUGCCAGCCCCGCCCGCCCGGAGACCGUCGAGAUCUCUGCCCCGCGCCCGCCCAGCCCCGAGCCCGAGAAGCCCGUCGCGGCCGCCGAGCCGGAGCCGGCUAGCGAGCCCCUCGUCAACGGCCACGCGACCGUCGAGAAAGCGGGGGACUUCAAGCGGGAGGACAAGCCGUCCAAGAUCGGCAGCGCGGGCAUCGAGCGCGCCUGGACUGGCGCUAAGGAGAAGAAGGGAGAGGGCGUGGAUGUGUGCGGGGCGAGGGCGGGCGGCGCAUGGGGUGCGGGGGGCCGGCGGCUGCGAGCGCCCGUGCCCGCCGCCACCUCCGUGGUGUUCAACUUCAGCUCGCGCAAGGAGGUGCCAGACUACAUCGAGGAUGACGGCGUCGUGCGCCGCGCCAACCGCCGCAACAUGUUCAAGGCGGGCGAGCCGGGCGUGGUGCUGCUGCGAGCGGACGCGCUGGCGGACGCGGGCGCGGGCUCGGACGAGGACGACGAGCCCGAGCGCCCGCCCUCGCCCUGCUCCGUGCGCUUCGUCAACGACAACGUGCUCAUCAACGGCCGCUCCUCCAUGGCCGCCGCCAAGCUCUCCCGCGACAGACAGGCUAAGCUGAAGCUGCAGUUCGACGACUCGCUGACGCGCACGUUCGAGUACCCGUCCGAGAUCUCGCUAUGCGAGGAGUCGCCCGCUGCAGAGACCGCGCCCGCUCCCGCCGCCGCCCCCGUCCCCGCCUGUGCGCCGGCGCCUGCCUGCGCCGCACCCACCUCCACGCUCGCCGCUAACACGCAUAUAGUGUCAGCGGCGCUGUCGCAGUACACGCCGAGCAAGACCGUCGCCGACUCCUUUGCGCUUGGACUGACGCGCCGCCCUGAUGAGGUGGAGCGGUCCGAGGUGCGGCCGGACACGAACGGCGAGGAGGCGGAGGCGGCGGCGGAGGCGGGCGACGCGCGGCCCUGCGCCGCCGAGAGCGCGCGCUCCUGGAGCGAGUCCCGCACGCUGCACACCGACCUGCUGUUCUGAGGGGCUCCAUUCAAAUAUCGAGUAUUAAGCCUUCAGUCCUUGAGCGUGUUAUGUGAAGUAUUAAAAUAACGCUUUACAAAACGGAUGGUCGCAGCCUCGAGUACGUUUUCGUUUAGCUCAUGUUUCCGCUGCCCGGAAACGUUGCAGUCGUUAUAGAAAUAAACUCACACUCGAGCGAUCGACGGCCGUGGAGCGCGGCACGUUCUGUAGCGCCGGCCACCAGGGCGAGCUGCAAAGUGCCCGAAGUGUUUUUAUUGUUAUGUAUUCAGACUCGCGGCCGAGCAUCUGAACGUAGAAAAUGUAUUGGAAUAUUUAGCCGUAGUCGUAAGUCGCCAGUCAAAUUACAAUAGUAACGAGUUCCGUCGCCGUCUUCCAUUAUGCUGAAAAUACUCGGUCGGCGGCGCGCCGCCCGCUCCGCCGCCCGCGCCGCUCGUGCGCGCGGCCCGCGCCUCCCGGGACAAUAUUAGCCAUAUUUUUUAUCACUUUAUACCGACGGGGCGGCGCGUCGGUCGACCCGCCUCCGUGUAUUUUUGUAACGAUAUUUCGAUAUACUAACGGAUAGACUAGCUAAGCCAAAAGUCGCGUAAGGUGGCUCGCUCGAGCGACCCCGCACUCGCGUAGUACUUAACGUAGAGCUCGACUGACUAGAGUAACGUGAUUAACAUUUCGAUGUGUUUUCGAGCAUUUAUUUUAGAGGUAAGACGACAUCGUAUUCCGAAACGUUCAUUCCAAAUUGUACAAGAAACUUUUGCAUUUUUAUACGAAAUUGUAAUGUAUGAAUUUAAAUCGUUAAUAAUAUAAUUGUAAUGUAUUAUAAUCGUUGCGUUAAGUGAAAUUACUAGUAUUUAAGGAGCGUCGCCGACGCCAGGCACUAAGCUCCUAUAUUAUGAUGUCCUUUAUUAUCAAAGUGAAGAAUUAUUACAAGUGCCCGGUGCCGACGAUGUUUGGGUUAUAUUCCGUUAGUCGUUAGGUGUUAUAUGAUAACUACCGUCUGGCUACCGCAUUACAAAUGAGGUACAAAGCGCGCCGGCAAACGCAUCGGCCUUCUCACUACUGUCGUGGAGGGAAAAUGAAUUGUUGCUCAAUAAAUGUAAUCCAACCCUGGCUUAGAGGAAAUCGUAUUAGAACACUAUGUCAGCAUUAAGCUACGUUUAUAUAUAUGUAGGUGCCGGCGCGCGAGAGCAUUUACGUUAGUUUAGCGUGUAGAUGUAGCCGACUUAUUGAGGCACGCUUUAAGAGUGUCAUAUUUGUUGUAUGUAGCGUGGCCCGCCACUGCAGACCCCGCUGAUGUUGACAAAGUUCUGAGAGUCAAACUCUGUUUAAUAAAAUAACAUUUUGGAGAUUUUAUAACUGGAACAAGUUCAGAUGAUAUCGAUUAUUCAGCUGUCGCUGCAGCGGCGGGACGCAGGCCGCCGGCCGACACUUGCCAAUGCCUAGGUAUACUGUAUUACGCAUAUUAUGACGUUAAGCCCCGCUAGAAUUAAGCUUAUUUUCGUAAGCUGCGAGACGAGCCGGUGGGGAGACUGU